CAACGUAGUCUGUACUUUCGAGCAUAUAGCUUACAGAAGAAGAAGUUCCUGGAGCGUGUGUGUUUGGGAGAUCGGAACAUGGAAGAUGAGGAGGUUACGGAUAGCUGGGAGGAAGCGGCGGACAACGGGGAAAUUGAAAGAAGGCUGGAGGAGAAACUGAGGAUCAGUAAAAAAGAGAAGAUGUCCAGCGGCGGUUCCAGGCAGUCGCCCUUGAAGGUGCCCAUCGUGAUCCAGGACGACUCCCUCCCGGCAGCCCCGCCUCCCCAGAUCCGCAUCCUGAAGCGGCCUUCCAGCAACGGCUCCCUGGGGUCCCCCAUGGCCCCGACCCGGCCCGUCCCGCAGGUGAAGUCCCUUGCCCAGCGGGAGGCGGAGUAUGCCGAGGCCAGGAAGCGGAUCCUUGGCAGCGCCACGCCCGACGACGCACCUCAGGACAGACCCAACGCAGACAGACCGGUGCGAGUGAGCGCCCCACCCCCCUCGGAGGAAUCUCGAUCGAACAAUCACGUGAUCCGGCAGCCAGCAGGCCCAGAUGGUACACAAGGCUUCCGUCAGCGCAGGUAGAGGCAGACAACAUCCUGCCCCGGGGAGAGAGGAGGAGAGAAGGUGCGGGUGAUGGGCUGAUAUCAAAGCGGGGUGGAAAUUUGAAACGGAUCAAAAAGAAAAAAAACGAAAGGAAAAUAUUGAUCGGAUCGGAGGGGAGGAGAUGUAUUACACGAAUGAGUACAUUUCCUCUCCUCUGUCCCCCCCGAGCCUCCUCCCACCCUGGUGUGUGUGUGAGAAAAGAUGGCGGAGGAGGGAGGGGUGCAAUCUUUUCUCCCUGUUCGUCACUGUGAUGAGGACUUUGCUUCUUCAGGACACUGCUCACUGUGAUAUCCCCUUAAAACGCCCCACACCCCCCACCCCCAAAAA